AGUUAAUUAAAAAAAGGGAAGAAGGGGAAGAAAGAAAGAAAUUGAUACAGCCCUAGCUAGCGCCUUAAUCCCUCUCCUUCCUCUGCAAGCUGCUCCGGUGGUCGUCCACUCUCUUCGUCUUCUUCACAGAUCUUCUUUUCUCCGUUCAUUUCAAGCUUUGCAGGUACUUGGAGUUUUGUUUGUUUGAUGAAGAAUUUGUGACUUGGGGUUUCGGUGUUGUUUAGUUGCUUUACAAGUGCGUUUGUAGUUGAUGGAGAAGGACAAACCCCAAAGCUUUUCUGGUGGAUUUCCGCCACCAUCAAGUCGUUACUCAGGUCUUUCACCAACUGGAAGCAUUUUCAAUGGAAAAUCUGAGGCAACUUCAUCUUCAAUGUUGCUUCCUCCAAUGCCUUCCGGUGGUCUUUCAGAUUCAGGUCAAUUUGGUCAUGGAAUGCCCACUGAUUCUAAUCGGUUCAGCCAUGAUAUUAGUAGAAUGCCUGAUAACCCACCAAGAAAUAUUGGUCACAGACGUGCCCAUUCAGAAAUACUGACCCUUCCUGAUGAUAUUUGUUUUGACAAUGACCUCGGUGUGAUUGGUAGUGCUGAUGGCCCUUCUUUUUCUGAUGAUACUGAGGAAGAUCUGUUGUCCAUGUACCUUGACAUGGACAAAUUCAAUUCCUCGACUGCCACCUCCACGAUACAAGUUGGCGAGUCAUCUUCAGCUGUUGGAGAAGCAAGAUCAACUCCUACUUCAACAAUUGGAGCAGCUACCUCUAAAGAUGACGCUGCCGUUGGUUUGAAGGAGAGGCCGAGAGUUAGACACCAGCAUAGCCAGUCUAUGGAUGGCUUGACAACCAUAAAGCCUGAGAUGCUCGUCUCUGGGUCUGAUGAAGCCUCUGCAGCUGAUUGCAAGAAAGCCAUGUCAGCUACAAAACUCGCUGAGCUUGCGUUAAUUGACCCCAAACGUGCUAAGAGGAUAUGGGCAAAUCGACAGUCAGCUGCUAGGUCAAAGGAAAGAAAGAUGCGGUACAUCGCUGAGCUUGAACGGAAAGUUCAGACUCUGCAAACAGAGGCAACUUCUUUAUCUGCUCAGUUAACCCUCUUACAGAGAGAUACAAACGGUCUUUCUGCUGAGAACAAUGAACUAAAGCUGCGGUUACAGACAAUGGAGCAGCAGGUUCACCUGCAAGAUGCUCUAAAUGAAGCACUCAAAGAGGAAAUUCAGCAUUUGAAAGUACUGACUGGCCAAGCAAUCCCAAAUGGUGGAUCAGUUACAAACUUUGCUUCCUUUGGAGCUGCCCAACCCUUUUACCCAAGCAAUCAAGCAAUGCACACUUUGUUAACUGCACAGCAGUUUCAACAACUUCAAAUCCACUCACAGCAGCAACAACAACAUUUCCAAUACCAUCAGCUUCAUCAGCUUCAUCAACAGUCAACUGGAGACAACAAAUCCAAAGGAUCGGCAUCUUCUCCAAAUCCAAAAGACAACAACACAUCAGAUACGUCCUCUACCACUUGUUGAAAGAGAUAGCCUAGUGAACCUACUGUUUGUUGUCAUCGAUAGUUUAUUUAAUAUAUAUAAAAGAAGAGAGAUGACCCACUGUCUAAAACUUUUUGUGUUUAGCUGCCAGAAAAUUAGUUGCUGCAUUUGUUAUCCAAAUACCACAUUUUCCUCUCCCCUACAAAAUCUUCUAUUUGUUUCAUUAUUCAAGGUCCUUCCCCUCUCCACAAGCAUAUUGUUUGCUUUCCUGCGUCUGUUAAAUUAUGUAUAAUGUUCAAUUGUUGUAGACAGAAACUGUUUGUAGUUGAUUUAUUAGAUUUUUGUGGAUAUCACAGUUUCUUAUACGAUUCAUACCUUUUUUCAUGGUUUUAUUA